GCGCAGCUCGCACGCGACCAUGCGCGCUCUCUAGCGUAUUAUGUUCCUCCCCGACCUUCCGCGAGCCUGCAUGGUGGACGACGUAGCGACGUACCUGCAAGCGCCCUCCUCGGGACAGGACGAGUUCCAUCCGUUCAUAGAGGCCCUGAUGCCUUUCGUAAAGUCCUUUUCGUACACGUGGUUCAAUUUACAAGCGGCUAAAAGGAAAUAUUACAAAAAGCACGAGAAACGGAUGAGCCUGGAGGAGGAGCGACACACUAAAUAUGAAUUACAGAACGAAAAAGCAGAAGUGAAACAGAAAUGGGCGUCGCGUCUGCUCGGGAAGUUACGCAAGGACAUCACGCAGGACUGUCGCGAGGAUUUUGUUUUAAGCAUCACAGGAAAAAGGCCCGCAGUGUGCGUGCUCUCAAACCCCGACCAGAAGGGCAAGAUGAGGAGGAUAGACUGUUUAAGACAAGCUGAUAAGGUUUGGCGAUUAGACCUAGUAAUGGUGAUACUGUUUAAAGCGAUACCCCUAGAAAGCACAGAUGGGGAAAGACUUGAGAAACAUCCAGAAUGUACGCAGCCAGGCCUUUGCGUCAACCCCUACCACAUCAAUGUGUCUGUGCGAGAACUCGAUCUGUACCUCGCCAACUUCAUCAACAGCUAUGGUAAUGGGAGCGACGGUCUACCAGAUAUCCUAAGCGGGUCUCUCUCUCCACACCCCAAUAGGGACAAAGAGAAUGAACACGAGGCUAAGAACAAAGGCUAUACCCAUAACCCAUACAACGGUGUUAUUUGCAACGAUAUCAUUUUAGCGACCGGUGUCUUCUCCUCGAAGGAACUGUGGAAGUUGUCUAAAGCUUCAAUCCUGCAAGAGUCGGGCUCGGAGUCCCCGGGCGGGUCCGGGGGAGGCAUAAAGCUAGAGUCCACGUACUAUGGGUACAACAGCCCCGCGCCGCCCGCCUUCGAGCCCCCCUCAGACCGGGGCACGCCGUCCACCAUGCUCGUUGGACAGUGCUUCAGUAUUCCCCACAGUUCAGCAGGGCUGAGCGGUACCCAGGCGCCGCUCGUACCAUCCAAUACCAUUUUCUACCAGCACGUACCACCUCCUACUGAUACACAUCCCACAGCAUCAGAUGCACUGUCCAACCAACAUUCGGGUGGGAAAUACGAGGGAGCACCCCAGGACUCGCUGGGAGACUUCGUCACCUUCGUGUGCCAAGAGCCGCCCACGGACGUUCAGCAAUUACAGGUUCACAGUUUAUCGAGGAGUCCGAAGCCGCCAUAUUUCACCAGUUCCAUGUUACCACCUCCGCCGUUGCCGCCGAUGGCGAGACCUGUCACUAUCAUCAGAUCAACUGCGAGUGAAGGAGUGGGCGUGGGCUCGGCGUCGCCCGCGUCCCCGGAGCUGCGGUCGCCGCCCGCCAGCCCGCGGCGCCGCUCGCCGCACUACCGCGACUGUCACCCGCCGCACGCACCGCACCCGCCGCACCCGCCGCUGUCGCAUUUCAACCACUUCCACGCGCAGCCGCAACAGGUUUUCAGCUACGGGCCUGUAGGGGGAGGUUCCCCACCUGGGGGGUUAGGACUCUACGCACCGCGAGCCCCUCCUAGAGCACCACCCAGGUGGAACGCCCCAUUCCCCACGUUAGAAGAGGAGUUCAAUAUAAUGACGGCACCCGGGGGCCCGAACCACGUCGAGCUGCUAGACGAUGUCUUUUACAUUCCAGAACGAUUUUUCCAAUCCAACGUGAUAACAUCGGACACGACGGCCAUGGACACCGGUCCCAAUGUCCAGUCCGUCGUGGUGGACACGUCAGAAGACAUCGCACCAGACAAGCCGGCUCCGGACUUGCGCUCACCGUGAUCCAUACUGCACAAUGCGUCCGACCCGGCCGACGGUUCGAACGCAACUGUGCUCAGGUGGACUCCGGCGCCGCUCCCCCAUUGGCGCCCGGUGACGCAUCGGACUGUUUAAACUUUCAAAUUUUGAAUACGUUCGGAAUUCAAAUUUAAAAAUAAUUUUGUUCGACAAUAAUUUGGGCAGUACAUAACACUACGCCGUUGAGUUGCCACACAUUACAAGAGUUUUUAAUAUUUAAAAAAUUGCAUCAAUCGCACUAGAUGUGCCAAAAAAGCGACUGACGUCAUCAGCAUGUGCCUCAUUUAUUCGGCAAAAGCUUCAUUUAUAAAAUGUUGGUGCAGGCGUUGACUGUUGUAAUGUGCAAUUAUUAAUAUUAGCUAUGGCGUUGAAACACUGCAGUUUGUAAUCGUCAAAUUUGACGUCACAAGAUGUAGCUAUUACAAUGUCAUACAGAACGGUCGGCAGCUGUGUAUAUGUUCUGUUUAAAAUAAAAUAAAAAGUGGAACGCGUAGUGUAAAUAUUGUUGUUGAAGUUUGGACUGGAUUGGACUCUGAGAUGGUUGUAGUUGAACUUUUUGAAUUUGGAAUCGGAUUUCGCGCCAUAUUAACUGUCAGUGUCCGUUAGGCGCUCGCGCACGCAGUGACUUUGAAAUGACGUCUUGCAGUAAAUUUAUUUUACUGUAGAGAAUUUGAUAUGUAAUCGAUACUGUCGGUUAAUAUGUUUAUUUUUUCUUAUUUAUCAUGUAGAGGUUAACGGAAAGCAAUAAUCCAAUGGAUAUUUAUGUAAGAAUCUGAAAUUACGGAAAAUAAUUAAAAAAAACAACUAUAUUCUAAUAUUUUUAUAGAAUAUAAAUCAAGUAUGAUAUUGAUUGAGCCUUCCAGUAAUUUAGUGAAAUAAAUUUAAUAAUUAAUGAUAAUAAUAAAUAUUAUUAUGCAGCUUAUGAAAUUAUUCUUUUGCUGACCUAUAAGGCAGUUAGGAAAAGCGGUUUAUGAAAAAAAUGCUUCCAGUUACUAAGAGGUUAAAAACAUGUUUCGGAUUGACGAAAGUGUGAUAUUAUAAGUUGUUU